GCCCCCCCUCUCCCGGCUGGAUAAAACCCCCGGGCUGGGAAGGGCGGCCGAGCCUCCCCGUCUCCUCGCGGGAGCGCCCGGCCGCCUCUCCCAGGUUCACGAUGUUGACAGCUAUGUUCUUGGCUGCUCUCGUUCUCAUUACAGUACAUUCGCAGGAAACUGAGGAAACCAUAACGUACACGCAAUGCACGGAUGGCUACGAGUGGGACCCCGUUAGGCAACGGUGCAAAGAUAUUGAUGAAUGUGAAAUAGUCCCAGAUGCAUGUAAAGGUGGGAUGAAAUGUGUUAACCACUAUGGAGGAUACCUCUGUCUACCCAGAACGGCCCAAAUUAUUGUAAAUGAGCGGGAAGAGGCAGCGGCCGAAUCCACCAGCGGUCGGAACAACGUGAUCCGCCGGACCCCGGCCGACCCCCAGCGAGCCCCCCCAAACCCAACCCACCAAAUCCAGUGCGCGGCUGGGUACGAGCAGAGCGACCACAACGUGUGCCAAGACAUAGAUGAAUGUGCAACUGGGACCCAUACCUGUCGAGCUGACCAAGUGUGUGUCAAUCUGAGAGGGUCCUUCACCUGCCAGUGCCCUCCCGGUUACCAGAAGCGAGGGGACCAGUGUGUUGACAUCGACGAGUGCACGCUGCCCCCCUACUGCCACCACCGCUGCGUCAACACCCCCGGCUCCUACUACUGCCAGUGCAACGCCGGCUUCCAGCUGGCAUCCAACAACCACACCUGCGUGGACAUAAACGAAUGUGAUGCCAAUAACCCAUGUGCACAACAGUGUUACAAUAUCCUGGGUUCUUUCAUCUGUCAGUGCAACCCAGGCUUUGAGUUAAGCAGUGACAGAAUCAACUGUGAAGACACUGAUGAAUGCAGAACCUCAAGUUAUAUCUGUCAGUACCAGUGUGUCAACGAGCCAGGAAAAUUCUCCUGCGUGUGCCCUGAAGGAUACCAGGUAGUGGGAGGCAGAACAUGUCAAGCUCUGUUGUCCCCGCAGCAAACGAGCGCGGUGAGCGCCAUGCUGGUGCUGGUGAAGUCGCUGGCGGGGCCCCGCGAGCACAUCGUGGACCUGGAGAUGCUGACGGUGAACAGCCUGAACUACCGCACGAGCUCGGUGCUGCGGCUAACCAUCAUCGUGGGGCCCUACGCCUUCUAGGGGACCCCGCGCCCCCCGGCACCGCCGCAGCCAAAGAUAUUACCUGAGAGAAAGCACUUACUAUUUUAUUUAUAGAUUUUCGCUCUCUUUUUUUUUUUUUUUUUUUUUAAGAAAAAAAAGGAAAAAAAAAAUUUCGUUUAGUAAGUCGGUAUCUUUUAUUCACGCAUUACGCCUGUAAUUCCCAGUUAGUAGAUGUGUUCCAUAGUAUAACAUGGGCAUUGUCACUUUGUGUAUAAAGAUUUAAAUCUUGGGUUUUUUAUUACCUUCCUUGGACUAGAUCCAUACUACGCUUUUGUAUGAGAACUGUAUGUUCAUAGUACCCUGUACAACCUCACGCCCCCUCCCCAGCCAAAUAGGUCAUGCCAUUUAAAAGUGAUCUUCUGUGUUGUUUUUUUUUUUUUUAUUUUAAAUUCUAAUGCAGCUACACUGAAUCUCAAAAAAAGAAAAAAAAUUAUGUAGUCUGAAUGAUAACACAAAGUAACGGUUAUCCCAUAAGCUGAAAUAUAUUUCUUCUUUUUAACUACUUUGUAACAAAAGGUAACAGGCAAUAAAAAAAUCUAUUUCUGUAGGCAUUUAUGUGCUAUCACAGUGAGUUUUUCUAAUCUGGGUUGGAGGUGAAGUUACACUGUGAGAAAUGCUUUGCAUCAGGUUUUUGUAUGCAGAUUGUGUUAACCAUGCCACAGAAUAACAUCCUGCUCCCUCCAAGAAAAAUGGACCAUAGGAAGAACGUUCCUCCAACAAAGAAAGAAACUCCAAAUGGAAAAAAUCCCGGGCAGGGCACAAAUGUCCAUGAGAACACUCCUGAGAACACUGUUGGUAGUUACUGGGAUGCAGCAUUUUCAGACAGAACUUAACAUACUAUUUUUCCAGAAGUAUUAUGUUGUAUACUAAGAAUGGAGUGCAUUUCCUUAUUAAGUUAUAUCACUUCCAGGCACUCGGUCCUGUUCCUGCUCUUACAACUCAGAUGUAUCAUGUACAGUGUUCAUAAAAUUUAUUUCUAAUUUUCAAGAACUAAUAACAUCUUUUGUAAUAUGUAAAAUCUUAUUUCUUGUUUAAAAAAAAAAAAUGUAGCAGUUAAUCCUUUGAUGUACAAAAUUUUUAAAUAAAGAUCUCUUACCAUAUU